GACCUGUUAUUGGAGAGUUGGAUAUGGACUGUUCAGAUAACAGAGGAUAAACUCUGAUUAGGCAUGACUAGGAAGCUCUUUAGAAUAGGAAAAUUUUUCUUGCUGUUUCAGAUUAUUCUAUUAGGUUAGGUAGGUGGAGCAGUGCCCAGACUUUAUGCAAGACCAGUGCAUUCCUUUGGAGCAAAAAGGAGAACACAUUGACCCUAGAGCCGCUGUCCUUCCAUGAUGCAGCUUUAUUCUCUGGUCUUGGCCUGUCUCACUGCUUGCACAGCUUGGGCAGGACACAAAUCCUCACCACCUGUGGUGGACACUGUGCAUGGAAAAGUCCUUGGAAAGUACGUCAGCCUGGAAGGAGUUGCACAGACUGUGGCCAUUUUCCUGGGAGUCCCUUUUGCCAAGCCCCCUCUGGGAUCCCUGAGGUUUGCUCCUCCACAGCCUCCGGAUCCAUGGAAUUAUGUGAAGAACACCACCUCUUACCCUCCCAUGUGCUCCCAAGAUGCCAAAGGAAACCAGGUGAUUUCUGAUCUCUUUACCAACAGAAAAGAGGGCAUUGCCAUCUGGUAUUCUGAAGAUUGUUUGUAUUUAGAUAUUUACACUCCAGUUUACUUGAGGAAGAAAGGCAGUCUGCCGGUGAUGGUGUGGAUCCAUGGAGGUGGUCUGGCAUUGGGUGGGGCAUCCACCUAUGAUGGACUGGCCCUCUCUGCCCAUGAAAAUGUGAUAGUGGUGACCAUUCAGUACCGACUAGGCAUCUGGGGAUUCUUCAGCACAGGGGAUGAGCACAGCCCGGGAAACUGGGGCCAUUUGGACCAGGUGGCUGCACUGCUCUGGGUCCAGGACAGCAUUGCCAGCUUUGGAGGGAACCCAGGCUCUGUGACCAUCUUUGGAGAGUCAGCAGGUGGUGAAAGUGUCUCUGUUCUUGUGUUGUCCCCCCUGACCAAGAACCUCUUUCACAGGGCUAUUUCUGGAAGUGGAGUGACCACAGUUGCUGGUAUGGUCAUGAAGGACGCCAAGCAUUUGGCUGAGAAAACUGCUGUUGCUGCUGGGUGUAAAACCAUCACAUCAGCUGUCAUGGUUCACUGCCUGUGUCAGAAGACAGAGGAAGAAUUGUUAGAGGUCUCACAGAAAAUCGUAGGUGCCUUCAUUUCGCUGACCCCACCCUGUAUACUUGACCCCAUGCUUUAUCGCUUCAUUAAACCAUCUGAGACAGUUUCCUACCUUCAGAUACAAACUGGAAUUUUCUUUUUCCUUUUUUGUUAUGAAUUGGCAUGAAUGUCCCAAAAUAUC